AAAAUAAAAAAACACGAACGUUUUAAUUUUAAAUUAAAAAAAAUAUGGUAGAUUUAUUGGGAUAAAUUAAUAAAUUAGAAAAAGGUGUAGGACAGAUUACCUGUUGGUUGGUUUGGCAGCGAGAACAAGAGUGACUUUUUAUAAUGUCGAAAAGAGGCGUCGGCGGCAAAUUUAUACUCGUUAGAAUCUGCAUUUGACAGUUCAAUAUUGUAACAAAAAGGAAUAUGCAGAUUGUAACGAGUAUAGCAUUCGAUAAAGUCUCAAACACAAUGAAUGUGGAGACGACAAAGGAAAUUAAUGAACUUACGAUUCUAAAUUAAACAUUGGCCACCCCCUUGCAACAUUAUUAAUGUUGUAACACGACCAACAUAAUAACAUUUUACAGAUAUAUGAAUAUAUAACAAAUGAUGAUAGCAAAGGAAAGAAGGACAGCUUAUUUUUUCAAUAUUUUCAAAUUCAAUAACAUAUACUACGGUUACGUGUAACAAACACCCGAUAAUACCCAUCCAAAUAUUGUAUAAUGGGCGAUACGCAAUCCUGGGGAGACUUGCACUCGACUGGUGACGACUUUAGCAUACACAUCAGGACCUAGGACUAAAGCGACACGACUUGGUCGGUAAAAGGGGGGAUCUGCUAGGGGUAAACCUAGGAACGACUCCUUCAGUUUUUCGGAAAUUGGUUCCUUCGGCGUGAAAACGUGGCGAAGAUCUGUCACUCGAGCCGAAACAAUGAUCGACUGUGUCGGAUCAUAAACGGAAGUGGCCGAAAAUCGGCAAAAACGAACUCCAUCCAAAUUGGAGGUAGGUAGUCUUAAGUGGUCAACCAUUGACGCACAUAUUUGACUUUCGUUCGGACGAGACUCGGAACUUGGGUACGGACGGGGUCUUGUAGUUUUUCGACUCCGGGACGAAUAAUGGUGAUCCUUAGGAUCAUCGUGCAACAGGUAGUGAUGAUCACCUUCACAUCUAUAGCAGACCUUCUUUCUAUGUCACUCCCUCCGUUGGUGUCCUUUGUGAGACAUCGUGUGCAGUCCCGAUGCGUUUUGACAACCUGUAUAUGGGCUUCUACAGACAUAGCAACAAAUUCUUUGCAUGUACCAAGAGCAUGCCGGCGAGAGCAAACCCGACACCCGUUACGAUUCACGAUUGAUGUGCCCGGGGAGCCCGCAGUUACGGACUCUGAUGUAUUUGCCGAGCUGACGAUACGACUACAGAUCCCACAGUUAUGGGAUCUGGCCCCCUAGAUGCAAGUUCCGCGAUAUACGGCAAUACGGAUGAACCCGCAGUUACGGAUUCUGAUGGUUUUCCGCGGGCUGGAUCCGCAGUUACGGAUUCCAAUAAUUGGGAGGUAGGUAACGGCGCUGAAUCCGCAGUUACGGAUUCUGUUACCGACUCCGACAAUUUUACGGCCGCAAUAGGUUUAACCAGUUCCUCAACAGCUUCGGAUGUAGUACGCCUUUUGGUACCAGAUAUCUCGUCCGCUCUCUCUAAUACGGUGUCGAUCUUCGAGAGGAGUUCGAUUUCAAACAUAUUGGUGGCAUCCAUUAUACUAAGAGAAAAAAUGGUUUAAUUUUCUUCAUUCGUCGAUUGGUCGGUCAGAAUGACCAACUUAGCUAUCGGCCGUUUUACAACGCCGUUUGUCGUACGAACGUCCACGACACGAACAUGUCCGUCUACACCGGGAUAAACAUUUAUAACACGACCUAACUUCCAUGAGGUCGGUGGUAGAUUUUCUUGUCGAACAACGACUAAAUCACCCCUAUCUACUUCCCUUUCAGGAUACUUCCACUUGUACCGCAUAUGCACAUUUUUGAGAUAUUCCUCCUUCCAUCUGAUACAAAAUUGAUGAGCAAGCGCUUGGACUUUUCUAAACCGAUUCACGAGCGAGAUCGGUGGUUCAUUAACCAUGGGUUCGGGAGGAGCUAGUAAAGGCGCACCAAUAAGAAAGUGACCGGGUGUUAAGGAAGCUAAUUCACCCGGAUCGUCUGACAUAGGACAAAGCGGCCGCGAAUUCAAAAAAGCCUCUAUGCGAGCUAAUUACUGUCGCUAUUUCUUCAAAGCUUCCCAUAGACCACCCAUAUGUGGUGCACCAGCUGGAAUGAGUUUCCAUACGACACCCUGUUGAACAAGAGCCUCUGAUGCUGAAUCACAACUUUCACGAAUGAAACGACUAUCAUUCCGGUCGAUUUCACGUGAAGCUCCUACGAAAUUUGUGCCAUUGUCCGAAAAUAUAGUACCUGGACAACCCCGACGCGCUAUAAAGCGAUGUAAUGCGGCUAUAAAAUUGGCAGUGGACAAAUCCGAUACUGCCUCCAAAUGAAUAGCCUUGGUCGAGAAGCAAACGAAUACACAAACAUAUCCUUUUGUAAUUUUUCAAGCCCGACCACAAAACGAUUUUAUCUCAAAGGGACCAGCAAAGUCCACCAGCGGCCAUUAUUUGACUACAGCGUUUCUUUUUAUCUAAAAUGCAUACCUUACAAUGACGAAUGACAAAGCGAAUCAAUUUUUUUACUCUGGGAAUCCAGUAUUCCAUUCUCAAGAUACGAAGCAUCAGCUGUGUUCCUCCGUGAACACUCUUGACGUGAAUAUAUUCCACCAAGAGUCUAGCGAACCUACUUUUAUAUGACAGAAUUAUUGGACAACGUUCUGAGGGUGAAAGUGUGGGUGACCGCGCCAAACGACCAUUCAUGCACAUGACACCAUUUUCCACAAGCAUUGGAUUAAGUGGAACUAAAUGACUCGAGUGUGCCACGGGUUUUUUAUCCAUCAAAUCCUUGUACUCUUUAGCGAAGUGGACCUUUUGAGUGAUAACUAUCAACCGUAAGCGAACCUCAUUAAAUUCCGAAGUUGUAAUCUUUUUCUGAGAGUAAUAAUAUUUACCUCGAUACCGAGAAUGUGUUUGACGCAAAAAUCUAAGCAUGUAAGCGAAGGCCCGAAUACCUUUUACAAAUGACGAAUAUCUGUCCAAAAUAUCUGUAAAGGUUGAUGAAAAGAAUGAGAAAUUGAAUUGGCUUUGUUGGCGAGUCCCUAUAGAGCAUUUUUUGAAGCGGAGUGUGCCGAGGGUCUACUCGUAUCUUCCGAUACCUUUGGGUUAUGUCCGAGUUAAACACGAAUUUGAAUACUCGCCAACGAAGUAUCAGAAGAACAAGAUCGAGUUGUAAAGUGGGUCCAACAUGUAAAAUAUCGUUUAAACUAUUCCCAUUAGAAGUUUUAUUCGAAGCAUUGAAGACAACACGAAGUUUAGUUGUCUGCUUUUCGGGGAUAAUUACCGGAUGAUGAGGCAAAUAACAAGAGAGGCUGUCAAGACUGUCAGCAGAAACUGACUUCAUAUGAUCGAGUUCUAAAUAUUCAGUCAAAACUUGAUCGUACGUAAUUUUAACCUCCGGUUUUUUCAAAAGAGAUGCUUCAUUCCGAAUGAACUGCUUAAGGACAUUACCCCGAGAUUCUCCUAAAUACCUAUCUGCAUCUAAGUCAGUUCGUAUGGGCAAGGUUACCAUGUAUCUACCGUCAGAUAAUCUAUGCGUAGUUCGGACAUAGUUUUCCUCACAAAGGCGUUCAGAGGGGGACAACAUUUUUCGUUUAGGAAGCUCUUCUAACUCCCAGAAUCGAAGCAAAGUUUUGUUUAGCGAAACCUCUUCUUCAACAUUUAUUGUGGUAGCAAAGGUUUGAAUUACCGACGAUGGAAUCGGCCCAGUGACAAGCCAACCGAAAACUGUAUUUUGUGCUAACAACGAUCCGGACACAAUAGAACGACAAGCUUCCAACAAGAUUUUAAGGUAUAAAUCUGCCCCAAGCAGCAGAUCUACUGGACGUGAAUCGAAUAAAUUAAUGUCAGCCAAACGAAUAUUGGGAAUAUGCGACCUAAAAUCUGAUGAGACGGUGAACGAAGGUAAAUUUCCAGAAACAAGUGGCAAUACUAAAGCAUUAGUUUCCAACAAGACCGAUGAAUCACAAGGACUUCCAAUUGUUAUCGAACAAACUUUGCGUGAAUGUGCCGAAAUUGCACAAUUAACGCCCGAAAUACUAAUAUUGGUUGAAGAAAUUGGGAGUUUUAGACGGUUCUAGAGCCGCUCAGAUAAAAAGGACGAUUUAGAAGCAGAGUCUAUCAACGCCCUAGCUGGGUAAGAAAUUCCACAAUGAAUUAAGUUCACCAUUGCGGUUCCUAAAAGCACAGAUUUAUUUUGUGCCGCGUGAAAUACUUGUCGGGAAUUACCAUUAGUCGAUGUAGCAGGAACUGCUGGAUCGACCGAAGAACUUUGAGCACGAUUUAAAACGUUAUUACUAUUUCUAUUAGGAGGGGUUGGGGCCGAAGAUGAUUUAGAAGGCGAAGAAUCAGUUCUAUGCAAGAAUGAGUGAUGUGUUCUACCACAUUUAGAACACCGAUGUUUGCUAAUACAAUUUUUAACCUCGUGACCAUUUCUCAGACAAUUCACACAUAGGCGACGACGCUUAAUGAUAGAAAAUCUUGUGGAGAUCGACAUAUUUUUGAAACGAGGACAUUCAAAAAGCAAAAGAUUAUGUUGCGGGCAAAGAAUACAAGAGCUAUUUUGGGGGGGAUUUGAAAUUAUCCGAUGACUUCGAUUUUGUCAUAUGUGUUUGUACCUUUUUUACAACAGAUUUUGUUGCCUGAUCACUUCCCCUCAUAUCAUGCAAGCACAUUAAAGUUCGAAUCCUUUCAUUCAAGAAGCUAUCCAAAUCUAUCCAAAGUGAUAUUGCCGAUUUGUCUUUUACGCUUUGUUCCCACAACGUUUGCGUAAUUUUUGGUAACCGCUGAAGACACAAGAAAACCAAAAAUGGGUCCCAAUUUUCAGUACGGAUGUCAUAGAUGGACAUCGCCGACAAACAAGCAUUAAUUCCACGUUGUAGGGUUUUUAAUCCCGAUGCGGAUUCAUUUUGUAAUAUUGGUAAAGCGAAAAGAAUUUUAAAUUGGUUGUGGACAAGUAACAGAGGAUUGUCAUAAUUAUCUUUUAAAACUUUCCACGCAAGACCGAAACUGCGGUGAGUCAACGGAAAUCUCGAGAUAAUUUCUCGAGCCUCUCCACUAGUUUUGGGCGUAAGAUGGCAAAGACGCUCUAUAUCGCUUAAACGCGAAUUAUUUAUGUACACCGUGCUAAAAAGGUCUCUAAACGUGGGUCAAGAUUGAAAAUCUCCUUCGAAAACAUCUAUAUCACACGGAGGAAGCACUAAACUAUGCAUAAUGUCAUUAUUUGAAGGAUCAAUUAAACUCUGAUGAACACUAGGAUUCCCAAUAUUCGACAUUGGGGAGCUAGUCUUACCUACUUCCUGAGAAGUAUAUGUAGCAGGGUUCGCUAUCUCUAAAGCUACAUCAGAAGACUGUAAUUCUUGAGGAGUAUUACAGGGAUGCUGCAAAAGUGAGACUACUGAACUACUACGAGAGGAGUUCAGCGAUUUUCUCGAACCGCGAAAUUCUAACAACCUAUUAUUUAUAUCUGUUAAGCAUUUCAUAUAUUCCUGAUGCACGACCUCAUAUUUAUGAUCAGCGGACUCGAUCAUUUCUUUAGUGGAGUCCUCAGACGUUUCCAAGAAGAGUAUACAUGUAUCGAAGACAUCCUGGGUCUUUUUCCAAUAUUUUUCUAGCUCGGCGCUACGAACUUCUAAUGCACAGAGGUUAAUUUCCUCUGGUUUCAUUGCCCGAACCUGUUCCACGAACCUGACGAAGGUAUCCGAAACCCGGAUAAAGCUGUCCAAUGAAGUAUACGACAUAUUUAAAAGUUUUAUUUUUUAAAUGUUGACGACUUUCUUUGAAGAGAAACUCGAAAUGUUAACGAAGAAUUUCCGUAGGCGAUCAGAAAUAUUCAAUUUAGUUUUACCAAAUGAUUUUAUUCUUUUCGAGAGAAACCAAUUUCUUCUGGAAAAGAAUAAAUAUCAAACAAAUUUUGCACAAAUUCCGACAAAAAGAUGAAAAGACUCCAAAUUUCAAAAAAGGCGACCUAAUUCUUCACGAGAGAAACCAAUUUCUUCUAGAAAAGAAUCAAAAUCGAACAAUUUUAUUUAAAAUUAGGCAAAAAUAUUCAACAACUUCAAUUUUAAACGAACCCGACCUAAUUCUUCACAAGAGAAACCAAUUUCUUCUAGAAAAGAAUUAAAAUCGACCAAAAUUUCCAAGAAUUCUUAAAAAGAUGUAUGCCAACAGCAAUCUAAUAUGAAGUUUUACCAAAACAAUUAAUAAAACUUCCCCAAAUGCUAAAAUUUUCCCGAAAUUCUUAAAGAAAAUCAACGAAGGUUUUUUAAUAAUGGCACAAAAAUUACCAAAAUGAUCAAAAACUGUAAAAUUUCUGACAAAAAAUCCAAUCAAAUUCUUGAAAUUGCAAUGGAAUUCCAAAAACCAAUCAAAAGUGACCGAAAUGUCCGAAAAAAAAUCAAAAAACAAACUUUUUUCCCAAAAAUUUGAUCGAAAAAAUGCAAAAAAAAAUUGCGAAAAACAAAAAAAUAUUUAAAUUUUUGUGUAUAGAACAUAUAUAAAAUGUUAAAUAAAAAAUGUAUAUUUAACUAAAUUUUCAAAAAUAAAAAUUUUAUUUCAAAAAUAUUCAUUUUCGUAUAAAAUAAUUAAAAAAGUAUAUUAUUUAUACGAAGCGACCAAUAAAUCGACCAAUGCGGACUGUACAGUGCACGAUAUUUAAUUAUUUCCAAAAUAAUUACAAUUUGUUCACAUAUACACCAUUAUCAUAUAUAACAAUUUUUUCACCUUUGUACCAACGUAUGAACUAACCACCAUCGACCGAACCGAAUGGUGUAGCGCACACGUAACAAAGAAGAAAGAAAAAGGAAAUAAAAAACUAGGCGAGCGACGGCUGCCUAACCAAGCAUAUGUAUGUAACUGGCGUAUGUAUGUAUAAACUAAAGGCCUGCACAAGACGAAUUAUAUGAAUUAUGCUUUUUUCGACACACUGACUUUGUCUACUCAAUCAUGCGCUAUGUAUUUGAAAAGCAAUGACAACCAACAACAUCCCCCAUUUUGAUUCAUAUGUGCCAUUGUCUAAGGUUCGAUCGUGGCAUGGCUGACUCGAAUAUUUGCAUGGUGUUCUCCAUAAAUGCAGGGUGUCAACGAUAACAUCGAACCGUGUCAUCGUCAAAUUGUGUGUCAUUUGUGUACGUGUGCUUAAAUUGAGAGAGUGUGUGUGUGUUACUUUCGACGAUGAGGCUGUGUUUUUUGUGUGUGCUGUAAUUUUGAAGUAACAAAUACCGCGUAAAUAUAAAAUUGAGUUCAAUAACAAAAUGUGCAUUGACAUCAACAAAUGAAUAGAAAAAAAUGAAAUAUAUACUGAACAAUCCCAAUUUAUUGAUGAUUAUCAUAAAAUUUUGGUCAUAAAAAAGAUGUAAAUAUUGUUUGCCUAUUUUCUAUCUACAUAUAGUGUUUUUUUAAAAUUAAAGUUUGUGGACAGAGAUUUGACUCUCAUUCAAUAACAGAAUUGAACAAUUUUUUAAAAAGGAUUAACAAUAACCAGGAAAUGUGAAUGUCUCGUGUGGACCAAUUAGAAGUAACUUUAAUUUUUUAGUAUUCGCCAAGAAAUUCUUUAUUACAAAAAAUUAUUUUUUUCACAUAUCGGAAAGCAGGUAGCGAUUGCGUUUUCCCUUCAUCGCGUGUGUGUCUUUUUCGUUGGCAAUUGUUUCAUAAUUGUUGUUUUUUUGAUAGAACAUUUUUGUAUGACACACUAUUCAACAUUCCCUUUUAUUGGUCAUUGCAUCUUAUGACGAUGGGUUUGAGUGUGACCGACAUGUCGAGACAUCGAGCAUUUGGUUGGAUGUCACGUGCUGUUAUGCGUUUGAUCAAACAGGGCACAACAUGACGAGCGUUUUUUCUCCAUGGCAUAAAGAGAGAAAAUUGUCACAUUUGCAGCCCUUUAGUAUAAACAUCCAACAGACGAUCGAUCGCGAGCGUACAUAUGUCACACGCGUAAAUAUGUAAAUAUAAUUAUGUAUGAUGGAUCAGUGAAAAAAUAGAAAAUAUGAACAAGUGAUUUUUGGAGUUUGGUGGUGUUUUUUCUUUUGUUAUUCUUUUUGAAUAUGAACGAACACUAGAGUGAGUGGAUGCUAUUGCAAUAUUUAUUAUAUUUAUUUAUUAAAAUUAUUCAAAUUUUCAUUUAAAAACCGAUUGCACCACAAUUAUUAUUAAAAAUAAUUUAUUUAAAUUUUAUCCACUGACUUUUGGAACAAAAUUCACCUGUUAAUAAUUAUUUUUUAAACACAAAAAUAUUCUUUUUUUCCACUGAUCACUAUGUCCGUCCGAGACUAAUAAACAAGAGAACGGGAGAAGGACGGACAAACAAAGGGAAUACGCGACGCGUUGCAAAGCGGCCGUUGUUGUUGUAAAAAAGAAUAGGUUAACGAUCUUUAUUUUUGUUUUGUUAUUAAUUUCGAUAGUUAUUAUUUUGUUUCGCGAGCUCACAAUAAAAAAAAACACUGCACACCUACCUUUUGUUGAUGACGAUGUAAAUGAUGAUGAUGCCGAUGUAAAUAGAUGUUGAUGGGGGAUGAUGACGUUGUUGCUGUUGGGAAGAACCAAACAAAAAAAUCCAAUUAGGCAACGAUACCAAGUAGCUCGUAUCCGGCUUGAUUGGACCAAAUAAUGUUAAAGCCGAAAUUCCGUGUAAAAUAAAUAAAAUAAAAACACGAACGUUUUAAUUUUGUAUUCAAAAAAAUAUGGUAGAUUUAUUGGGAUAAAUGAAUGUGGAGACGACAAAGGAAAUUAAUGAACUUACGAUUCUAAAUUAAACAUAGGCAAACAAUAUUUACCUAUUAUUUUAUAACCAAAAAUUUAUGGUAGACAUCAAUAAAUUGGGAUUGUCCAGUCUAUUUUCCAUUUUUAUACCCUCCACCAUACUAUGGAGGGUAAAUUCAUUUUGUCAUUCCGUUUGUAACUCAUCGAAGUGAUGAUCUUUGACCCAACAAAGUAUAUAUAUUCUUGACCAGCGUAAAAUUCUAAGACGAUUUAGCGAUGUCCGUCUGUCUGUCCGUCUGUCUGUUGUAAUCACUCUGUCUUUCGAACGAAUUGAGAUAGAAGGCUAAAGUCUUGCGCACAUGUUUAUUUUGCCAGUAGGCAGGUUAAGUUCGUAAAUGGGCCAUGUAGAUCCACGUUUUCAUAUAGCCCCUAUGUAACGGUACCUCCCGUUAUUGGGUAUUGUGAUGAUUUUAGCGACAUUAUUCACCGGAAUUGGUUCAAAUUUGGCAUUUGAAGUUCGAAAUGGAUACUACAGCCUGGGACAGAAAAUUGUCUGUGCAAGUCCACGUCUUCGUAUAGCCCCCAUAUAACGGUACCUCCCUAUAUUCGGUAUUUUGAUGGUUUUAGCGACAUUAUUUACCCGAAUUAUUUCAAAAUUGGUGUUUGAAGUUCGAAAUGUAUACAACAGCCUAAGGCAAAAAAUUGUCUAUGCAGGUCCACGUCUUCGUAUAGCCCCCCAUAUAACGGUACCUCCAAAUAUUCGGUAUUUUGAUGAUUUUAGCGUCAUUAUUCACCGUAGUAGUUUCAAAUUACGUAUUUAGAGUUCGUAAUAGGAACUACAGUCUGUGACAGAAAAUUGCAGGUUCAGGUCUUCGUAUAGGCCCCAUAAAUCAGUACCUCCUUAUAUUCGGUAUUUUGACGAUUUUAUGUACUAUACUCACCGAAAUUGUUUGAGAUAUUGUAUUUGAAGUUCGUAAUGGAAACUACAGCUUGUGACAGAAAGUUGUCUAUGCAGGUCCAGGUCUUCGUAUAGUUCCUAUAUAACGGUACCUCCCUAUGUACGGUAUUUUGAUGAUGUUGGCUACAUUAUUCACCGAUUAUUUCAAGUUUCGAAUUUGAAUAUGGUAAUGGCUUGUGACAAACAAUGCCUAUGUAGGUGCACAUCGUACAGGCCCUAAUAUAACGGCUAUAUUCGGUAUUUUUAAAAUGUUAACAGAAUUUUUGGCGAAUGUUAUCUUUUUCGAAAAUUUUCAAAUUUGUUCUAAAUGGUGGAGGGUACUCAAAGUUCGGCCCGGCCGAACUUACUGCUUUUUUACUUGUUUCUACCCCGUACAUUCCAUGUAUGGGUCCCUAGAAACUAGCUCAAUUGAGAUAGGUCUGUAUUGAACAGAAUGGUGUAACAGGAACGUUAGUCCCCCACCUCCACUUGUGGUGCGAUCUUUCUUCAAGACGUUGUAACCAUUGCAACGUUGUAAGCUACAAUUUUCAUUGAGCUUGGUUUCCUGCACCGCUACAAUCUUAAUAUGCCUCCGAUUUGUAAAAUCUACUAUCUCAUCAAUUUUCCGAGUCCGUUACAAUUGAAUUGCAAGAAUAAAUUUGAACAGCAAUAUGUGGCGUUAGGUGCUACGAUGAAGGUUGCUGUUCUGGAGACUGCGACAACUCAGAAGUUGAUGACAUGGUCGUGGGCUCACUGGGAACUAUGUUGGUACAGCACGAUGCAACAUCGCACCGAGACUUAUCUGUCGUGGAUGAUGUUUUGGCAAACCGUAUAGAACCGGCGCGGACCAAAAGAAUCCAGAGCGAGCAUUCGUGGAUGUGCUUCUCCCAAAACAGAAAAAUAAGCAAACAAGAACGUGUAUACGCUGGGUUGGCAGCCGCUGGCGAAACUGGAGUGUUGUUGUUUCGGGUCAAUCCGGUGUCAUGGAACCCCGGCCCUGCGGUUGGUUAUUGUUGCGCCGAUUUUCCCAUUUUGUCUGGUAUUGUUUCCGGCGUGUUGUUAGUUAUAGUCGCUUUUACGCUUGCUGGUGUGUUGUUGGAUGCGGAAGGUGAUGAAAUGGGUAGUAUACCCUCCAACAUCCCUAUCAACAGCAGUGACUCCGGACCAAAGGAGGCAAAUUCUAAGAAGGGUUACAGACAGUCUGUAAAUUAUUAUAAAAAAUCCAUUGACCUCUCUCAGGUGACGGAGAGGGAAAAGACCCUAAUCAGGGCAAACCUGAAAGCAGUGAGGAAGUUCGAAAAGAACCACCCGCUACUGCCUAAGUGUUCACUUGAGAAGGAUCUUGCCUCUCUCCUGGUCGACAUUAUCAAGAGAGUGAGCACGCUCGUCGACGCACCCUCGGAGGACAGGAACAUUCCAGUUGAUGGAACUAGGAACCUGCAACGGGUAAACCCCCGCUUCCACCUAUUGCGUCAUCCUCUCAGACCGUCAGCAAAAAGGUUUCUGCUGGACCAGAGCAAGCUGACAAAACAGUCCCCAAACCUGUUAAGGCCACAAACCCGUCCAACAAACCACAACAUUCAAGCCAAAGCGACACGAGGGGGAAAUUUCUUAGACUGUAUGUCCGUGCUGAGCCGGAAGGCAAAAUCAGCGAAAUUCGGUGGAGAGCUGGUCUUCCUUGGGGAAGAUCCCACACGAAAACGUGGAAUCCAAAAACUUCCUCGUCACCGCAGUGGCUGCCUUCCACGGACUCUGGGAAGGAAGCGAGCUGGCGGCGGUUUCCCUAGAGGAGAUUCCCUUCAGGAAAAUAUUGUCGGCACCGGUGCCACUACCAUCGGUGGAUCGGAUACCCCAAACCCACCGGGCCAAGUAAUAGAGAAGCUGUUCGCGGAACCGGGAAGCAAAGGCAGUCGCAUCGUUGGAUGUGACGUCAACGCGCACCACUUUCAAUGUGGCAAUAAGGAUUCCAAUGCAAGAGAUGAGACAGUUUUUGAUUUUAUUCUUAGACAUAAUCUAAAAAUAUGUAAUAGGGGGAACGAGGCUACAUUUCAAAACAAGGAUAGGGACGACGUCAUGGAUAUCACCCUAACUAAAGUGGAUGAAUCGCUCAUACUGAACUGGAAAGUAUACUCCGAAUGUCCAGACCAUCGGAAGAUCACAUUCGAAGUAUUGGUAGAAGGCAUUCAUCAAAAACCCAAUAGGGAUCCAAGGAAGGCUUACAGAGUACGUUUAUAUUGAGACUGAAGUCCAAAGGCAAUAUACAGGUGGACUUAGCCUUGAGUGUGAAUUUCUUAACAAAAAUCUUACUGCAAUGCUAUGAAAAGGCAUGUCCACUUGCAUUUCCUGGCAAGAAAUACCAACUAGUCUUGUGGUCUAAGCACCUUGCUGGUCUUAGGAAUGCAAGCUUACGCCUAAAUAACAGGGCCAACAAGACCAAACUGCGAUGCGUCUAGGUCGAUUUUCAAUAAGUACAAUAGUGAGAUCAAAAAGGAUUAACGGAAAUCUUGGGUUUGCUUUACUGAGUCCAUAGAAGAUGUCAAUGAAGCUUCCAGGUUCCGAAAGUGCUUUCUAAGGACCCUAAAUCCAUUGCAAAUAUAAAGCGAAAAAGGUGCAGGGUGUAAUGUGGUCAUAUGCCACAAGCUGGGCAGAUAUUCUGCACAUCGCUGUCGAUCUGGGACCAAUAGGAAUUGAAGCGGCUGCACCAUCCGGAUCUUAGUUGAGCCAAAACUAUUCGGGUUUGUCGGGACAGCUCUCGCUCUUCAGCUGCUAUGGGAGGGGAUGGUCUCCUAAUACAGUAUUCACUCUAUAUCCUUCUAUAACUUCUGAGACCGCGUUAGGCCUGUUGAUCUAGAGGCUCUUAUACCUUUGUACCUCUCUCUCUUUAGAUCAUGAAAGUCUUUCCUUACGUGCAUGCGUGGAGGUUGCCUAUCCACCAGAUGGUGAUUCGGAUGGCUCUGUCGGUAACACCCAUUGACAGCAAUUUAUUAUGCUGUCGUAAUGGUGAAACCUUCGCCUCCUCAUGCAGAUGGUCGACAGGUGUCAUGAGGAGGCACCCUGUUGCGGUUCUAAGGGCGGCAUUCUGGCAGGACUGAAUAUUUUUCCACUGCGUAGCACUAACUUUGGCGGACCACACCGAGCCGCAUAGUUUACCACAUUCCGGCCUAUAGCGUUGUAAGAAGUCAACAAGGUUUCCUUAUCAGCUUCCCAAGUGCUGCCGGCAAGAGACUUGAGAACCUUGUUCCUACUUCUAGUCUUAUCGCAGAUAGCUGUAGUAUGCACGGACGUCUUGAAAAGGCUAUCGAAUGUGAUUCCUAAACCUUGGCGUAGUUGGUUGUCGGAAUUACACUCCAUCGACCUGCACAUUCAAAGAUAGCCUCAUCUCCGCAGUCCAUGUGGUGAAAAGAGUGGACAUCGAUUUAGUGGCGAAUAUCUUCAUAUUCCUCGCAGUGGAAAAGGCGGUUAGAUCAACUAAGUACGCAUUUAACUGAUCACAUAUGUCAUCUAUGCUGGGUCCGGACGCCACGAGCGAACCAUCAUCUGCGUACGUUAUUAGCUCUAUGCCGUCUGGAGGCGACUCGACUCGACUUCUCGACUUCUUGUUUCCGAAAUUCAUGUACGACUGGCGUCCACAAAUGCAGUUUACAAUCCAACGUUUCAAACUUGCCCGGAAGGCGGUUCGUUAAAUGUCCUCGAAAACUGUAGAGAUCCCGUUUUGACCAAUCUUUCUCGGCUGGAAAAGAUCGUACACGGCGUAGGAUUCUUCUCUUAGCCCUGUCACUCUCGGGGUACUCUAUGAAUUGGCGGUUGAAAUAACACGCACACCUCUUUGAAUCUGUCUUCUACGCCUUUAAAUGAGACAGAUGCUCGAUCAUCCUUUUUUCCAGGGUUCGACAGCGACUUAACCGUUGCACACAAUUUACUCUAUCCGGUACUGAUGGUACGACUAACCUGUUUACCUCCGGAGUAAGUUCCCUGACUCUGGGGUUAUUAGGGUUAGUACGGCUAAGCUCAUCUUGCUCAUUUGCAAAUCCCGCUGCCUCUGCUUAGAAAUUUGGUCUUAUUUCAGGUAUUCGACCAGCACGUAUAUAGCGAGAAACACCUAUCUGCUACCUGUACAUCAGAUGGGAUGGUCUGUUGGGGGUGACAAUAAUGUGGAAGCGGUCUGAGUCAUAUUUUCCUAAAAUAAGUAUCAUAAAUUAAAAAGAAUGUUAAGCACUCUAAGACAGUUUUGAAGUAAAUAAAUAGAAACAGCUGGAUACGUAAGGAGUGGAGUACCUGACAAAAGCUCUCAACCUGCCGCUAGCCACUCACAUCGUUCCCGAAGUCUGGAAAAUGGGCCUGAUUGUCCCGCUACUGAAGCCAGGUAAUGAUACCACGAAAGGCGAAUGAUACAGACCAAUUUCGCUUUUGUCGGUAGUAUCAAAGACUCUUGAGACUUUACUUCUGCCAAGCAUCAGAGAAAGCUGUCCAGUGGCCAACCAUCAACACAGAUUCCGUCCACAACAGUAUUGCACGCUAUAUCCACACAUAUUAGUCGAGGACUCAACCAGAACAACCCGUGCCAUAGAACAGUAGUGGUUGCUCUUGAAUAACUAAAGGCAUUUUAUAUAGUCAACCACGCUGCACUCUUUGAUAUGUGUGGACAUCAGUCGUACGUAGAAUUCCGGAACAAGAAGUCCAAACUCCGUACAGUGAAACAUGUAGUUCCCAAAGGUGUGGUAGUUUCCCAAGCCUAUAGAUCAAGAAGCCUAUCAGGCAGACCAGACUGGCAUUCAAACUGAAGCAGUCAGAGAUGCCAUCAAUAAUUAUAAUAUGAAUGACGUCCACCCCCACUCAUUGAAGUUUUGGCGCAAUUGGGUUCAGGAUGGUGCAGUCGUCUCAAUUCGUAUUGGGCACGAAUUGACGAAGAUGCACGUAACAUCUGCCUGUCAUACUGCCAAACCUAACAUCAGUAUAAUAACUAGUCAAAAUGUUUAAACCCUUAGCAUCCUUACACCUUAAGGAAAUCAGCACUACAGGGACAGGGAUCGAUACCAAUUGUGGGUCCUUUAAUGAUCAUUUGAAGAUCGUAGAAGACCAUGCAAUAGAAGAUUUUGGAUCACCUCCGUCAAGGCGGAUAUUCAAUAAACUUUAUGGACUGUACUAUAAAAUACCACAUACGAGGGCAGUUCGGAAACUUCUUAGCCUAACACAAAAAGCGCGAAAUAAACAGAAAACAGUUAAGUGUUUUGGAAAUUUCCAUCUCUGUUAUGAAUACAUGUUAAAUUUUGUUUCGAUCUGGCAACUCCUCCAUGUAGAAACAGGUGUUCAAAAAAGACGCAUCCGCAAUUUUUUACAGUGAAAAAUUAGAAAUGCUUUCUUAUCGGGACAAGAAAUUCAUAAUGAUAUUGUGAAUGUGUGUGUCAAAUCCAUGAUAUGGUAUUAAAUGAUAGACAAAUAAAAGUGCGUGAAAUUGCUAAUAUCAUGGGCAUCUCAAAUGAUCAAGUCCAUUUAAUUAUCCAUGAAGAACUACAGAUGAAAAAACUUUCUGCAAGAUGGGUGCCACAUUUGUUAACAGUCGAACAGAAACGCAUAAGAAUGAACAUUUCUCAAGCCUGUUUGGAUCGUUUUAAGCGAAAAAAGGAUUUUAAGCGUCGUUUCAUAACUGUAGAUGAGACAUGGAUCCGCCACUAUAUCCAGAGACAAAAGAACAAUCCAAACAGUGGACUGAAGCUGGAGGAAGUGUCCCAAAGAAGGAAACAACAAUUCAAUCGGCUGGUAAGGUUAUGGCAAUUAAAUGUACAAAUUCGAGAAAAACGUCCUGGCUUAAAAAAAAAAAAAAAAAACAUCAAAACAA